UGCAAGGAAGACAUCGACACCACAUGCACAACUUCACAAUUGUACAAGUCUCGUUGGUAGAAAGUUUUCUUGUGGCCUCUUUCGUCCAUGAUCUGUGCAUUGUUGUGUGAACAGCUUUACGUAGUGCAGCAUCUUUCGUGAAUGGAUUGCUAUGCACUAAAUCUGUCUAAUGUCCGAAUCUGAGAACUUGGAAGCCCAGCUUGAGGAGAUCACUGUCAUCUCGUCAAUUUACGGCGAUGACUUUGUGACUAUCAAUGAGGACUUCGGUACGCACUCGCUUCGUGUGACGGAUGGUUGUGAGCCGCCACGUUUGUUCUUGAACUUAGAGAUUACGUUUCUCAAUUCCUAUCCUAGUGACAGCCCUCCACUCUACGCCAUUGGGGCCGACUGGGUCACCAACGAAGUGGAGGAUACAAUCUCAUCGAAGCUUGAGUCGCUCUAUGAGGAAGCCCCAGGUGAAGUUGUCCUCUACCGCUGGGGAGAGUGGUUGAGAGAGUUCCUUGUCCACCAAUCCGAAACGCUAAGUAGUUUAUGCACAGGACCUGAUGAAGAUCGACAUUCUCCGAAUCACAUAGCAGCGGCCCCUGCUGCCAGCACUGCUGCUGUAGCUGCAGCUGCUGAGAGUCUAGCUGAUGAUACAACCGGUCUCAGCCAGCGCACUAUCGCAGCACUGUCCUUAUCUGAUCAUCCAGAGCCCAGGCCAGCAUCUCACAGCCACAGUCACGUCCAACAGGCACACGCCACUCCGGAGGUGCAGCAGCAGCAGCCGUCCAGCAUGGGCGGAGGACCGCGGCGUGCUGUGCAGAUGGUGGGCAAGGCAGCUGCACGACUGCAAUCAGAAAAAGCACCAACUAUUCUGCAUGGUGAAACAAUGACGGAUCGAAAGAGCACGUUUCAGCCUCACUGCGCAGCCGUGACCACUCUGGACCAGGUCAAGCUGGUGCAAGCAGAGUUGUUGACCAAUCGAAAGAUAGCAUCCGCCACACAUAACAUUAUGGCCUACAGAAUAUUUGAUGAAGCUCGCAACGCCUGGCUGCAGGACAGUGAUGAUGAUGGAGAGACUGCUGCUGGAUCACGCAUGCUACAUCUUAUGCAGAUUUUAGAUGUGAAGAAUGUGGUGGUGAUAGUCACUCGCUGGUACGGUGGUAUACAUCUGGGUGCCGACCGCUUUAAGCACAUCAACAGCUGUACGCGCUCAGUGCUUGUGCAGUUUGGUGCCGUUCCAGAAAAGGAGCAGGCAAAGUCGGGAAAGGGCAAGAAGAGCAAGAAGUAGACUGAUUACCAGCACACGUACACCUGCCUGGACUGAAACCGUCAGUUCACAACUCUGCUAUGACCUUUAAGGCUUGUGUAACUUAUUUUGUGCUGUGUUCUGCGCACGGCUUAUUAUUUUGUAGAUGCUCAAAGGACUGAUGACAGAUUGUAGCGUUAGGAGUGAAGUUUAAAAGUGCAAGGAGCUAGUGUGCUCGUUGCAUGGCUUGACUGCUAGGACAGUGACCACACCGCAGUACUGUACAAUGCAUAUAUGCAUAUGCACAGUGACCACACCACACUACUGUACGGUGUACUGGCUGGCUAGCACUCCGUGCUGGGAACACAGCACCGUGUGACGGUGCGGCACCACCACCAUAUGGGUGGUAGCCUAACCUAGCUUCUGUGUUGACAGGCAGCCAGGUGCUUAUCAAGUUAUAGUAGCAAUGUGACCUACAUCCAGUGCAUGCAGUUGGCCUGUUGAGCUUCUCAUUCAGUGCAGUGACUUGUAUUGAUCAUGUUCUUUCUUUCUAGAAACUCAUCUAUAGCUGAUGGUGGGUAGUGGUUCAGCAAUUUUUUUAAAUAUAAUUUCCCUCUUGCUCUUUAGGUAUUAGAUAAGGCUGAUCUAUUUUCAAAGAGUAUGCAGCAGCAGCUGAAAUAAAACUGCUGCUUUCGGCCUGUUUAUCAAUUUUUUAAAUCAAUUUCAGCGCUGUAUGGAGGAAAUUUAUUUGUCAGUAUCUACAACUUGGAGUCCUGUUGCUGGUGUAAUGGUGUCGGCUAGAGAGAUUUGGUCGAGGUGGAUUUGCUUCAUUUCAUUGAUCGAUUUUCCUCUAUAAUAGCAGUGUAUCCGUUAUAAAGUUCCUUGUAUCUGUGCCAUGGU